AUGGAUCUCGAGGGUGGCAUCUACUCCAGUCCCUCCAAGAGGGAUUCUUGGAGGGCGGUGUUAACUUUGGCGUACCAGAGCCUGGGGAUGGUGUACGGGGACCUGAGCACGUCGCCGCUGUACGAGUACAAGAGCACCUUCGCGGGGGACAUCCAGCACUCGGAGACUAACGAGGAGAUCUACGGCAUGCUCUCCUUCGUCUUCUGGACCCUCAACCUCUUCCCGCUCCUCAAGUACGUCUUCAUCGUGCUCCAAGCCGAUGACAACGGCGAGGGCGGCACCUUCGCACUCUACUCCCUCCUCUGCCGCCACGUUCGCGUCGGCUUCCUCCACAGCAGCCAACUCGCCGAUGAGGAGCGGACCGGACCCGGACUCGAACCCGAACCCGACUUGAAUUAUUCAGGUUGGGUCUGGAACUACGUAGACCCAAUCAAAUCUGAAUAA